AUGCCUCUCUCCAACCGCCGUCGCGCGCGGCGCAAAGAGAUUCAACUCCAGGAAACCUCGGAUGCGGAGGCGCCGGACUCGUCACCGACUCGGCCCUCAAAUAAGAAGCGCAAGGUCGAACGGACCUCCCCUCAUCAUCUUCGUCCCAUCAAAACCGCCGAAUCCGCCGACGAGGCGGACCACUCGUCCCCAGACCGUGAUCUGUCGGAAAACCAGGACUUGGUGGAUAUGGUCAUCUCCUACCUCGAAACAGCCCGCGAAGAAGUGCGCGUCCUUCGCGACCACUCGAAUGCGAAGACGGAAAACAAGCAGAGUAUCCGGGCCUAUGCGAAGAUCGCCGGCCGCAACUGGACAUACUACGUCAAGACGCUCCAUGUAAACAUCGGUCGCGAACCUGAUCGCGAGCAGAAGCUGGAUGAGCAGUCCAGCCCCGUCACGAUUGCGGCGCGCGCGCUACCCGAGGUCAACGUGGAUCUGGGGCCCAGCAAAUUUGUGUCGCGUCUGCACGCGGAGAUCUUCUACGACGGCGAGGAGACGGCUUCCUGGCACAUCCGCGUCAACGGUCGAAACGGUGUGCGGCUGAACAACACCAUCCUGAAGCGCGGCACGGACACCAUUCUCUCCUGUGGCGACAUCAUCGAGAUCGCCAACACUCAGAUGAUGUUCGUCACGCCCGGGGACAAGGCUAACAUCCAUCCCGCGUUCGUCGAGCGAGCGCAACGCCUGGCCAACGGAGAGGAGACCCUCGCCUCCUGGGACGCUUCGCACCACGCACAUCCUCCGUCCACCCUCGGUGCGACGGGCUCGGUCUCCUCCACCGGCCAACCCUCGUUGGCCCCGGCGCCGCAGUUCCUCAAGCGCCAGGUAACCCCGCCACCGCGGUCACCCGACACCGUGGGCGCGCGGACGGCCAAGCAGUCGCCGCUCUAUAACCGCGGCAUGAUGAUGGAGAGUACGGAGGAGAUCGAUUACAGCAAGGAUGUAGCCAAGGACUUGAAACCCCCCUACAGCUAUGCGACGCUGAUCGCGCAAGCCAUUUUCUCGAGCGAGGAGGAGAAGCUCACGCUCAACAGUAUCUACAAUUGGAUCAUGGACAAGUACGCGUUCUAUCGCCAUUCGCAGAGUGGCUGGCAGAACUCGAUUCGACAUAAUCUCUCGCUCAACAAAGCCUUCCAGAAAGUCCCUCGCCGCACCGACGAACCUGGCAAGGGCAUGAAGUGGCAGAUUGCGCCGGAAUACCGGGAGGAGUAUUAUAAGAAGCAGCUACGGAGGGGGCCGCAAUCAUCUGCCCCGUCGUCGCCAGCCACCAAGGAACCGAUCGCGCGCGGCAGUCAUGUGAUCGAGACAACAUUUGCCGGCAAGAAGUCACCCCCGGUGUCGUCGCCCGGCUUCAGCUCCUUCCCCGUGGCCCCAGUCGAAGCGUAUACGCCGGAACGAGGCUCGCGGGCGAGUCGCAACGGCGCCCAUGAACACCCGCUUCGCCCGCCGAACGUGCGGGACUACGAGGAACCGUCGCCCUUGCCGGCACGCUCGGGGACCAAACCGGGCAGCAACGGCACCAGCCUCAGCCGCAGUUAUGGGCUCUCGGACCUCGUGGGGGGAUCGCCGCCGGUGCUGUCGUCGUCCUACUACGACGAGGGACCGUCAUCGAUGAUCACGCCGGCGCCGCAGCGUCAGCAGCCGCGCCUGCCGCCUCCAAGCACGGCGCAGAUCCCGUCUAAGUUCAUGCCGAUGAGCUCGCCGGCGCAGUUCUGGAAGUUCGCAGAUAUCGGGAGCACGCCGGCGCGACCAGUGCCCGACAUGAGUCCGCUCAAGGGCGAUGGCGGUGAUGUCCUGGGUAGCAUUCCCAGCAGCAGUCCGCCGCCGCCGAACCUGGCAAGUCCCAGCAAGCCCGGCACGUCGAAUGGGCUGGGACAUGGCCGGUCGUUGCCACCGCGACGGGAGGGCUCGGGUGAGGAGACACCGCGACCGAUGAACGGACGACCCGAGGAGGACGAGGAGGAGGAUGAUGGAGGGGGGUUCGAUCUGGCACGAGGCUUUCAACCGAUCGGGUCGUACCAUCGACAGCUGAGCAGUGCAGCGCGAGCGAGUGCGGCGACGUCGUAA